CCUAACGGGAGCGACUGUCGCCGGAGCUUCCGCUGGAGGUGAUCACCGAGAUACUCUCUCGACUGCCGGUGAAACCACUCCUCCAAUUCAGGUGCGUAUCCAAACCAUGGCGUUCUCUAAUCGACAGCCCAAACUUCAUCAAAAUGCAUCUUAAUCGAUCGAUUCAAUCCCGAUCCAAUCUCUCCCUCAUUCUCAAUGAGUUUAACGCACCCUUCCCAAACCAACUAUGCUCCGUAGAUUUCGAUAAGCUCGACAUAGCUUUUAAGCUCAGUCCACCACUCAUGUUUGAGAAACGAUUGGAUAAAGUUUGGAAUUCCUGCAAUGGCUUGCUCUGUUUGUCUUUCGCAGAGGGACAAGCUAAUUUGUGGAACCCAUCAACUCGAAAGCAUUUGGAAUUGCCGGUCUCGCUGACCGAAACCCCUGUGGAUUUUCGUGGUGUGCUUGUUAAUCUUUAUGGACUUGGGUACGACUCAGUGAGUGAUGAUUACAAGGUGAUGAGGAUUGCCGGAUUAAUGAUUAUAGAUUUGUGCAUUAUGAAUCCGAAGUUAGGGUUUAUAGUUUAAAAUGGAAUUCUUGGAGGAAAGUUGGUGAUUUUCCUCAUCACCUUGAACUUGAUCUUUGCACUGGCUAACUUGUUGGUGGAGCUUUGCGUUGGAGUGUGAAUCCAAAACCAAUGUUGCGUGAGGAUGGACCUCACGCUCUUAUUGCAUUCGAUCUUGGGGCGGAGGAAUACCGAAUGGUGUCCCUACCCGAGUGUGGGGCUGUUGAUUUUUAUUUGAAGUUUGAAGUCUUGAAUGGAUGCCUUUGUGUGCGUCACUAUUAUCUCAAGAAGGGUGUUGAUUUAUGGGUGAUGAAGGAGUAUGGAGUGAAGGAAUCUUGGACUAAAUUGAUCUGCAUUGAGCAAUCGAAUAUAAGGUUUGCUAUUUAUUUGGAGCCCUUGCCAUAUUCAAAGAAUGGUAAGAAGGUUCUCCUCCAACAUGACUUUCGUUCGUUUCGUUGGUAUGACUUAGAAAAGAAGACAAUUGAGAUGGUUGGGAUUAAUGGUGAGCCAGAUCAUUUCGGAACAACUGUAUGCUUGGGUAGCCUUGUCCCACUUGAUGGUGGUCGUCCGGAUGAUAGCAAGGACCAAGCAACAAAAGACAAAAAGAAGGAAAAGGUCAUUAGAAGCUUGAAUUAUGCUCCUUAUCUUCAAGUACCAAGUACAAAACAAUUUGGGUUGUUCAUGCACCUGAUUCACCCAUCCGAACCAACUCGAUCUGAGGCACUACAGGUGAUUUUGAUGCGGUAUAUGAUUGGCUAGGUUUGUGAAUUUAAUUUGUUUUCAGGUUUCGGUUGGUUUCGGGUUUAUAAAAUCUUCACCCGCCAAAACUGAACCGAUCGAAACAUAUUUUAUUCAAAUAAAUGUACACGUGCAUUGAAAAUUGUAUGAGGUUGGGAUUACGAGCUUAUUACAUAUCUCUCAGUCUCUAUCUCAUUCUAGACUGUUCAUCUCUCUCUCUCUCUCUCUCUCUCAUCUACAAUCUGCAACAUUGCAACCAGUGACUCCCCUCCGUUUGAUCAACCAAUUGAACCCUAUUCCUUCCCGAUCUCCCUCAUCCCCUCCCCCUCUUUGAUCUCUCUCAAAUUCCUCUUCUAGUCUUCCUUAUUCCUGGAAUUGAAGAUGAUGAUGAUGAUGG